GCCGCGAUCAUUUUGCCGAUCUACCGUGAAAGUCACGAUCACAUAGUAGAAGAUGUUGCUGUUAAUCUUGUUAACAUCCUGCUCGAUAGUUCCAAUUCUAUCUGAAAAUACGUUGAAUCAGAAUGAUCUUAAGGAACGAGCAUCGGCACAAUUGCAGCGUUUAGCGCCAUAUCGAAGAUCAAUCGAUCGAGCUGGAUCGGAUCCUCCGAGUUUGGAGAAGUCGAUCGAUCGAAUGAAAAUUAUCGAGGAAUUGAAAAAACAGGAAGAACAGAGGAUAGCCAUGCAAAUACUUGAGAUGAUCGAGAAAUCUGAAGAAUUUCAAAAAGCUAUGGGAAGUAUGAAGAGGAUCGAUGAUAAUAAAUUAACGAUCGAUCUAGAAACGGAUCCAAAGUAUAAUGAAUUUCUACAAGAACAGGAUAGAACCAAACGAUCGGGUUCAGGUAGUUUUAUUACCGGAUCUAGUAGCAUCAUUUCGGGAAUAGCUAGUGGAAUAAUUGGUGGCCUCACUAGUGCAUCAGGAGCAGCUUCGAGAGGUUCUUCAGGAAGUAGUGGUCAACCUGCUCAUGUUGUUUACGGACCACCUGUUCAACCGUACGGCGAAAAGACGUUCGACGUGUGGGAUUUCAAGAAAGCAAUAUUGAAUACCGUCAUUCAAGCAUUGAAAGCCAUAAGUGGCGGUGUAUUGGCAUUAAAAGGUCAAUUGAUCAAAGGUGGUGGCUUUUUGGUUUCUACGAAGGGCAAAAUUAUUAGUACGACUGGCGACGCCAUUAGUUCGCUCGGUCGGCAUAUCGCAGCAAGUGCCGUAAUACAACCACCAAAACCACAUUAUGGUCAACCGAGUUAUGGUUAUGAUCAUCGACCGAUCGAACACGACAGCAUCUAUGACGGACCGCCACCCAACAUCGAGGAUUAUCCUGGACCUGCUAAUAAUUACGACGAACAUUCGAGUUAUCCAUCGGCAUCGGACGACGAAGAUCGCUCAGGACUGCUGUUCAUGAAACCGACGAAGACGGAACAAAACGAUCAGAAUGACAAGGAUCAACAUCUAUCAACUCAUCUACCGGAGUUGGAUCAACAUCAUCCUAAUCUCCAGGAUCUGGAGAAUAGUUUCGGUGGGCCACAAAAGGGAUCUAACGAACAGAACUUACAAAAUCCUGAAUAUUUCUCGAACGAUAACAAGGAUGCUUUACAAAGUUAUAAUAUAAAUUCGGCCAGCGUAUAUUCAGGACAAUCUCAAGAUACAUUUAACUCGGGACAAGUGAUUUAUAAUAAAGAUCAGAUUUAUCAAUUGGAUAAAGAAAAAUUGUCUCAGGCAUAUCAAAACUCAUUGGAACCUUUAAAAAUGGAACCAAAUUUUUUACCAAACUUGCCUAGUCAACAGUUUUCCAUUCAACAGAGUUUAGAAUAUCCAACGAUUCAUCUUCAACAGAUUCGAUAUUCUUUACCAGAAAAGGAUUUACAAUUGUCCAAUUAUAAUGAUCUCUCAUCGUUGCACACGAGUUUACCAUUAACCUCGCCACAAUUUGAUACGUUAAAGAUAUCGAUGUUGGAAAAUCAGAAAGGACAGGAAUUACCAAAGAUACAACCGCAAGAUUUCAACUCUUUACCAACGUUUUCAAGUGUCCACAUCGAUAUUGCCACUCAAGAACCUUUAACGUUACCCAUAUUAAAUCCCAUUAACGCGCAUUACUGGCCAAGUCGAGGUAUGUUAGAACCUACAAUCAGUAUACCAAGUAAGAAUCUCAUUUGGAGGAGAAGUAAUGUACAAAGGAAGAAGUUAGCAGUGAGAUCACCGGCAAGUUUUCGUGAUAGAAGACCAUUUCGAGUUUAAAGACUAAUCAGGACGAGACGCAGUGGUCUAUUCGUAUUCAUUCUAUCCGUAUCCAUACAGAGGUUGGUACAAAUCAUCGAAGCCUUAUGGAUUUUAGAAACUUCGAGAUGAAAGAUUACGUAGUCUCGUAUAGAAAGUGGUGCCCUGAUAAAUGAAGAAAUGUACGUGAACGUGCCAAACUCCAAUCGACGCUAUCCCAGUGUUAUUUUCAAUUUAACAAAAAGAAAUAAGAAAGGAACAAAAAAUUAUACGCGUAUCCAGAGAAGAAACUCUUUUUACAUGAGAUAUUUAACAUUGUGAUAUAUAUUAACGAUCGACAGGAUAAAACUAUCAUUGACAGUUUAAAGCACGAGCACGUGCUUUUUAAAUGACCGUCGUAUUUCGAACUCGCGAGUGGAGCCAUCUGUGAACGAAAUCCUCAAUUCUUUCGUUCGUUCACCGAACACGGAUUUCAUUCUCGAUCGAUACUUGGAACAUUUUUUUCAAUUAUUUAUAUUUUCAAGUGAUACCUACCUACCUAUUAUGCGCAUUUAAC